AAUUUUAUUAUUAUACUUUAAAUUAUUUAUUUUAAAUUUAUAAAAAAAUAUUAUUAAAAAAAAAAAUACUAAAUAAAAUGGCAAAUAAAAUAUUGUAUACCUGUUUAUUGGCCAGUGUGUUUGCCGUGGCUAUGAUUACUUUAACCCAGGCUGAUAUAUCAGAAAAACCCGUCACCGAUGUCUGUUUGGGUUGCAUUUGUGAGGCCAUUAGUGGCUGCAAUCAAACAGCCUAUUGCGGCGGUGGUGUCUGUGGCCUGUUCCGCAUUACCUGGGCUUACUGGGCCGAUGGCGGUAAACUGACCAUUAACAAUGAAGAUCCUGCCUCUGAAACUGCCUAUGCCAACUGUGUCAAUGAUCCCUACUGUGCUGCCAACACCAUUCAGAACUACAUGCGCAAAUACUCUCAAGAUUGUAAUGAUGAUAAUGCCGUGGAUUGUUACGAUUAUGCUGCCAUCCAUAAGUUGGGCGCCUAUGCUUGCAAGGGUGAAUUAUCCUACCAAUAUGGCAGCAAAUUGUCCACAUGUUUAAGUAGUUUUGGCGGCAUUAAUGUUCGUUCGAAUUAAAUGCAUUUGGAGUGAAUUACAAAAAGACGCCAUUUUUUUAAAAUACUUAUUUAAAUUACUUUAUGUUAAAUUAAGUUUUUUUUUACAUACUUAUUUUAUUAUAAUUAUUAAUUUUAAAAAAACAGACAAGAGAAAUCAGUAAACUUAUGCUUAAAGAUAAUGUUAUGAAAUAAAUAAAAUUAAAUUAAAGAAAAA